GCCUUCGCCAUUAAUAUGCUUCCUCCAGUCUCGCUCUCUCUUCUCUUAGAGAGAGAACAAUUGGAGUCUCGCAAGAAUGAAUCCUCCGUCAAAUCAUCCAUGGAUCAUUUUCUCUCUCUUCGUAGUAGGAAUUCUCUACUCGCCUUUCUUACCCUAAUUCUGUUCCUUCUCCUAAUUUACAAUGGUGCCGCCAUUUUCUGCAUCAAUCUCCCUUCUUUUUCCAAAAUCUCGUCGGAAAAUGUCUCUGGGUUCGCAACAAAAUGGUCUCUUUCUUCCUCAAAGAUGUCUUCCACUGUUAUGCUCUCAGUUGAAAAAGAAAACCCAUCUCCUUUACUCGAGAACCCUCUUUCCAAUUUUAUAAAACGGAGCCGAAGAAGAAAGCCACUGUUUCAGUCGAAGCCUCAGAUGAAGCAGUUUUCUACUAGAGUGAAGGAUUUCUUCAAUAACACUUCUUUCAAAUCUCCAUGUAAGCCUCGUUUUUUCAUGACUUGGAUUUCUUCUCUCGAUUCAUUUGGGGAGAGAGAGUUAUUAUCUAUUGGGAGUGUGUUUAAGUCUCACCCAACUGGUUGCCUCAUAAUAGUAUCAAACUCAAUGGAUUCCACCGCAGGAUUGCAAAUUUUGAGACCAUUUCUAGACAUGGGUUUUCGAGUUACUGCAAUUUCACCUGAUUUUGAUUAUCUCUUCAAGAACACAGAAGCUGAAACGUGGUUUAGUAACCUAAAGAAUGGUAAUAUCGAUCCAGGAGAGGUGUCUCUAGGACAAAACCUUUCAAAUUUGCUUAGAUUAUCUCUGCUCUAUAAAUUUGGAGGAAUAUACAUCGAUUCCGAUUUGAUUGUUAUCAAAAGUUUCAAUAAACUGCGGAAUUGUAUUGGUGCACAAACAACUGACCCAGAAACUGGAAAUUGGAGCAGACUUAAUAAUGCAGCCCUAGUGUUUGAUAAAAUGCAUCCUCUUCUUUUCAAGUUCAUCCAAGAAUUUGCUCUCACAUUCAAUGGAAACAAAUGGGGUCAUAAUGGACCUUAUUUAGUUUCGAGAGUUGUUUCAAGGGUGAGUGGAAGGCCAGGAUUUAAUUUCUCAAUCUUAAAUCCAAUUGCUUUCUAUCCUGUAUAUUGGAGCAGAGUAGACAGCCUCUUCCAUGGGCCACAGAAUGAGACUCAUCGAAAAUGGUUGGAUUCUAAAUUCGAUCAAAUUCAAGGCCAGAGUUACGCAGUUCAUCUAUGGAACAGACAAAGCAAAGAGAUUAAGAUAGAGGAAGGAAGCAUCAUCAGACGUAUAGCUCAAGAACAUUGUAUCUUCUCCAUUAAUGCUUCAGAGCCUGUAAGUAUUCAAUCUUUGUAAUUCUACAAAUACUUAUUCUGUGGGUUAUAAAUGGAUUAUCUCAAUCUAUUCCCCACAUGUACUAUGUUAUUAUUAUUAUAUAGAACAUGUUUUUGUGUAUUUCUUGGAAUGAAGAUAUAAUUUUGUCGUUUCGUUUCUGUAUUUGAUAAUAUAACUCAAUUGAAUAUAGUUUGAUUAGUUUCCUUGUCUUA